UUCUCCCACUUUGAAAAUCUGCACCGACCGACUGGCUCGUUUGACAGCUCGUGGCCUACCUUUGUGCUGCUAUGGAGAAGAUACUGGUGGACAUCGAGUAGCCAGUUGCGAUGGUCAUCUGCGGGAGCCGGCACGUGCCCGACGACGACAACAGGCGUUUACUUCGGAGUAUCGAGCAGCUCAACCAGCAAAAGCAAGGCACUGCAUUCCAGCAUGUUCGAGAAAAUAUCGACGACCUCAAUGGAAAGGUUGAAGCUCGAGAUACUGACAUCAUAUUUCUCAAGGGACUUAUGGAGUCCCCUGUCGUACACUCAAUAGUACAGGCGCAAGAUCGUUUAGAAGAAAGGCACGAAGCUUAUCAACCAGUUUCGGCAAAGAGCGUGGAGCUUCUGCGGGAUGUCUGCAAGUUCUGUCGACAAUCCAAGGGCAAAGAUGCCCAAGACCUGGCCACUGUUCUCAGUGAUCCAUACAUGGUGGGAUUGCUUGAUGCUCACGACUGCAUUGCCACCAAAAGCUAUGAGCCGCCGGAGCCUGCUCCCUCAGUAGAAUUCCAGGACGCCCCUCCCAUACCUGCUGGGGCCGUCAGCGACACUAUCCGAAUGGUUGGGAUCCGGAAAACUGACGACGAACCAAUGGGCAUCACUGUCAGGGUGGAAGAUGACAACUUGAUCAUUGCGCGGAUACUUGCUGGUGGGAUUAUCGAUAGACAAGGUCUUUUACACGUUGGAGACACAAUAUUAGAGGUGAAUGGUGUGCCGGUACAUACGCCAGAGCAGUUACAGUAUCAGAUGAAGAAAGCACAAGGAAGUGUUACUUUUAAGAUUCUGCCAUCAUAUCAUGACAGCAUUCCAACAUCUCAAUGUUUCCUAAAGGCAUUAUAUUCAUAUGACCCUGCAAAAGACACCUUACUUCCUUGCAAGGAGAUUGGCCUUGAAUUCAAGCAGGGUGACAUCCUUCAAGUGCUGAACCAGGACGACCCAAACUGGUGGCAGGCCAAACGUGUUGCAGCUUCUGGACCAGCAGGCCUCAUACCGUCUCAAGAAUUAGAAGAGAGGAGAAGAGCAUUUGUUCGUCCAGAGUUUGACUAUGCCACUAAAACAAAAAUGUGUGGGACAAGGAUUACUAAGAAAAAGAGGAAGACGAUGUACGAAAGCAAGUGCUGUGCAGAGUUUGAAAAGGCUGAGUUGCCAUUAUAUGAAGAAGUUGCAAGGAUGCCACCAUUUGAGCGCAGAAUCUUGGUACUAGUCGGAGCUCAAGGGGUUGGACGACGUACUUUGAAGUGCAGGCUUAUCAAUCACGAUCCUGAGAGCUUCGGUGGACCCCUCCCACAUACAUCACGCCCAAUCAGGGAUAAUGAGACAGAUGGCAAAGUCUACUACUUUGUGUCACGGGAAGUUAUGGAAGCAGACAUUGCUGACAAUAAGUAUCUCGAAUGGGGCGAGCAUGGUGGACAUCUUUAUGGAACCAAGCUGGACACCAUUCGUGCGGUGAUUCGCACAGGGAAGCUGUGUGUGGUCGACUGUAGUCCACAGUACUUAAAACUGCUGACGACGCCAGAGUUCAUGCCAUAUGUGGUGUUCAUUGCUGCGCCUCAAAUGGAUCAGUUGCGCCAAAUGCAGGAGUAUGGACGCCACCAUGGCUUUGGAAGCAGCCGCAACCUGACGUUUGACAGAGCAAUGAGCCGUCAUGGAUCAAGGAGAGCACGGACACUAGAGAGUUUGGCAUCUCUUCAGGAGGAUGAGGACCUCAGAAAAACUGUAGAAGAAAGCGCCCAACUGCAGAGAGCAUAUGCGCGAUACUUUGAUACCGUACUGAUAAACAGCAACUUUGACAAGACUUACGAACAGCUCAAGGAUGUUGUUGAGUCACUUUCAACUGAAUCUCAAUGGGUACCAAUCUCAUGGGUCUACUAGGAGUGUGCUCUUAUUGUUGGUAAAUGUGUAUUGUGACAUGACACACUAUCUGCACGAUACUGACAAAUGUCCCGGUGGGUGCAUUUUCCAUGGUGGGGAGAAGGAUAUUAGCCUCCUCAGCUGUGGUGCUCAAGUUUAUUUUGGUUAAAAUUGUCAUAUCGAAUAUUGACAGCAUAUGAGAGUCAAUACUGCAGAUCGAUGUCAGUGUGCAAGUUAUAAUCGUUGCUGUAUUUACCAGGAAAUAUAGAGUAACAAAUACCCUGUCAGGAGAACAAAGAGUACAAUUGUAUUGUUCAGAAACCGUCCAGCUACCCGUGCACAUGCUUACAAAACGGGUAGGAAGUUUUGCCCAAAUGUACAAGUGCUUUAAUCACAAAGUACUCCUGCUUCUUGGUGGACAAUGUAUGAAUUUAAUCUAAACUUCUUGUUUCUUUAAUUAAGUAGUGGCAUGUGUUCUUGUGGUGGAAAAAACAACUUAUGGUAUUUCUAAGCCCUAUCCUGCCAUCCACGCAAAAGUUACCUACCUGUGCACUGCUGACGAUGGCCCAAUAAAGCCAAAACAGCUGUCCAGUGCUGGUAUGGCAACGUUUGAGUAAUUACACAAAAGGGGAUUUAUAGAUCUGCUAUACUAUUUUGUUAGACUAUAAGAUAGCAAUAAUAUGAGAAAUCUGAGCUAACAUGCAAUGCAUGCACCUUUUAUAGUCUUUUUUGAGAAUAUGUGUUCAUUAACUAUGGUAUAUCCUAAAAUAUGUGCGAGCUGGGAUGCUAAUGUGUAUAUAAUAGCAUAUGAUGCACUUGAUACUUGUAGUGUCGUCCAUUCUUAGGUACCAUGCUAGUGUACUUAUACUUCAAGAGAGCAAAUACUUUGCAUUUAGUUCUGAAGCCCGGUUCAUGCUCAUUACAUGGUGCUGAUUCCCAUAUCAAGUGGUACCUUGUAUAACAUGCCUUGGAAACAGAGGGGGGGUUAAACAUUGUGUUGUAUUGUAUAACUUUGAGUUGUAGUCUUCAUCAUCCAAUGUAGUCAUUGUGUUUGAGCUGCUAUCUACACUACUUUUUCUCAAGGAGAUGCAAAUGUGCAUUUUGUCUUGCUCUGACUUGUAAUGUUUUUUGGCCCUGAAUAUUUUUGUUAUACUCUCUUGAGUACAACAAAAUACUCUGUGCUGCUCUAUAAUCAGCACUUGUGCCAGGCGGAAAUGUAAACUUCCUACCUCUAACCCAACACCUUAUGUUAGUUAUUUGGAAAGCAUCACUUAGGGAAUGUGAAAGGUAACCCCUAAGGAUUCAGUUUGUUCAUCAUGAAAGGUGAAAAUGCUAAACAGGAUUUGCAUAUUACAUUCUCAGUUUCUCACUGUGAUGGUUAGACGUAGUGUUUCCACACAUUUAUAAGGGCCAUUUUUGUGCUACGUAAACACACUGCACUGUACUAUGAUGGACAUAUUUUAGAGUAUAUAUUUACAGAUUGGGCAUGAGCACAUCAGUUUUGAUGCAAACAUGUCUUGAGCAUAAGAUAACAAUAACUGUCUCAUAAUGCAAAAAAUUGUGACGUAACUUCAGUGCAACUGCUAUAUCAUUGCUCCAGUGUUUGGUGCUAGCAGGUUGUGAUCAUUUUGCAAAACUUAGUUGGGCUACUUUUGUUGCAAAAACAGGAUUUCCCCUGUUUUCCCAUGCUGAAGGGAUUGCUAAUUGCAAUUGAAUAGGAGGCAUCACACCUUCAGUACAUUACAUUUUAAUAUCUCUCAAUAUUUUGAGCUUUGCUUACACAAAUACAUUCCAUUAUGUCAUGAUUAUAUAUUGCAGUGCUGUUGACAUAUUUUACCUUGAAAUAGCUAUGCACAGUGUCAGCUUAUAAACUGUCUUCACACACUAGUGCGAUGACCCAGUGUGAAUUUAACACGUCUGUCUAUAGCAAGUAAAAACAGUAACCGAGCCAUCAUAACCUGGGGUUUGUCAAGGGAUCAUAUGAAAUAGGUGCUAGCUGAUGUUUGUCUCAGAUGAUUCCUUGCAAUGGCAACAGUGUGCUUCUCUCUCGUGGUGUAACCAAAUGCACUGUGAAAACAUCCGUCCAUUUUAUGUACAUUCCACUGUGUCGCUACGUAAUAGGCGAAGAAUAAGGAAACAAGUUUCCGAGAUACGUUCUAUGUUUCUGAGUUAAAAUAAAGUUGCAGAUAUUGUUGCGUGCA